GACAGAUCAGCUGCAAACACACGUAGUAGGCGGAGGCAAAGAGCCACACACACACACACACACACGCACUGGAGGAUCCCCAUCAGCUGUGGCUGCAACACAGCAAGGCAUUCCGAUUCUCUAUUUUCCUUUAACGCAGGAGCGCGAUUGUUUUUUAGGAUUUAAACUAUGCACCUAAACAGGGUGAAUAGGAAGCUUCUAUAAUCAACACCUCUUCUUAAAUAAGCGGUUCGUGGCGGGGAAAACAACACAGAUUUCUCAAGGGGGGCUUCGGAAGCAUGGAAUAUUUCAUGAUGCCGACAGAGAAGAUCCCUUCCUUACAGCAGUUCAAGAAAUCGGAGAAGGAUGUUAUCGGGGGGCUCUGUAGCCUGGCCAACAUUCCCCUCAGCCCAGAGACAGCUCAGGACCAGGAGAGGCGUAUUCGCCGUGAGAUCGCCAAUAGCAACGAGCGGCGGCGCAUGCAGAGCAUCAACGCCGGCUUCCAGUCCCUCAAGUCCCUCCUGCCGCACACGGACGGCGAGAAGCUCAGCAAGGCAGCCAUCCUGCAACAGACGUCGGACUACAUUUUCGCCCUGGAGCAGGAGAAGACCCAGCUGCUGCAACAGAACAACCAGCUGAAGCGGUUCAUCCAGGAGUUCAGCAGCUCGUCGCCCAAGAGGAGGCGAGCGGACGAGAAGGACGAGGGGAUUGGCUCCCCCGACGCUCAGGAGGAAGAAAAAGGGGAGGAGUUUCGAAGGGAGAUGCUGGAGCUACGGCAGCAGCUGGGCAAGGAGCGGUCAGCUCGCUUGCUGCUGGAGGAGCAGGUGCACACGCUAGGCAACCACCUGCACCCGGAGCGGCUGAAGGUCAUCACCCAGGAGCUGGAAGCCCAGGCCCAGCUACAGAGCCAGACCCUGUUACGGCUGCAGCAGAUGCACGGGCAGACCACCGAGAACCACGCACACAGCCCCAAGAUCAAGGCCCCGCCCACCCCUCCAGCCCCCACCCACCACCCCACCGUCAUCGUCCCGGCCCCCACACUACUCCAGCACCCGCAUCAUCACGUCACCGUGGUAACGCUGAGCCCCAGCGCCCAGACCAGCACUGUGUCUACGUCCAGACAGAACCUGGACACCAUUGUGCAGGCCAUCCAGCACAUCGAACGCACCCAGGAGAGGAGGUGCAGCGUGGAGGAGGAGCAGAGGCGGGCGGUCAUCGUCAGCCCCGCCCACGUUGCCAUGGACACCACCUGCUCCGACACAGACACUGACACUGAGGGGGAGGAGCGCUCGAUGAACUAACCCGUGGCUUGCAUGCAAAAGCUGCAUUAGACGCGCGCGCACACAAACACGCACCAACCGACACACACACACACACACACACACACACACACACACACACACACACACACACACACACACA